CCUGGCCCAGAGUGGAAGUGACGAAAGCAGCCGCGGAGUCACUUCCUGCUGGGUGGAUGAGGAGGAGCCCGAGCUGCCGCGGAGGAGCCCGAGUGGAGACGGACGGCGCCGGCGAGCAGGAGGGCGAAAAUGAAAGCAGGCUGUAGCAUCGUGGAAAAGCCAGAAGGAGGUGGAGGAUAUCAGUUCCCCGACUGGGCCUACAAAGCAGAGUCGUCCCCGGGCUCCCGGCAGAUCCAGCUGUGGCACUUCAUCCUGGAACUGCUGCAGAAGGAGGAGUUCCGCCAUGUCAUCGCCUGGCAGCAGGGCGAGUACGGGGAGUUUGUCAUCAAGGAUCCAGAUGAAGUGGCUCGCCUCUGGGGCCGCAGGAAGUGCAAACCGCAGAUGAACUAUGACAAGCUGAGCCGGGCCCUCAGGUACUACUACAACAAGAGGAUCCUCCAUAAGACAAAAGGGAAACGGUUCACCUACAAGUUCAACUUCAACAAGCUAGUGAUGCCCAGCUACCCCUUCAUCAACAUCCGCUCCAGUGGCGUGGUUCCUCAGAGUGCACCACCAGUGCCAACAGCCUCUUCCCGGUUCCAUUUCCCACCUCUAGACACCCAUUCUCCUACUGGGGACGUGCAGCCAGGGCGGUUCUCCGCCAGCUCCCUGAGUGCUUCUGGCCUCGAGUCAGGCGGUACCACUGAUAGAAAGGUGGAGCCUUCAGACCUGGAAGAUGGCUCGGCCUCUGACUGGCACCAGAGCAUGGACUUCAUGCCCUCUCGAAAUGCUCUCAGUGGAGGAGGGAUUGGCCACCAGAAACGCAAGCCUGACAUAAUGCUUCCUCUGUUCACUCGGCCGGCAAUGUACCCUGACCCCCACAGUCCCUUCGCGCUCUCUCCAGUCCCUGGCCGUGGAGGCGUCCUUAACGUCCCCAUUUCACCAGCCCUGUCCCUGACUCCCACCAUGUUCUCCUACAGCCCCUCACCAGGCCUGAGCCCCUUCACCACCAGCAGUUGCUUCUCCUUCAACCCAGAUGAAAUGAAACACUACCUUCAUUCUCAAGCCUGUUCUGUGUUCAACUACCAUCUGAGUCCUCGGACUUUCCCCCGGUAUCCAGGGCUUAUGGUCCCCCCGCUGCAGUGCCAAGUGCAUCCAGAGGAACCCUCCCAGUUCUCCAUCAAGCUGCAGCCCCCACCGGCUGGACGGAAGAACCGGGAGAGGAUGGGGCACAGCGAGGAGCCCACACAUGGCUCUGUACUGAGCAGCGCUCCUGUUCCCUCCCGAAUCAAGGUGGAGCCCACCUCUGAGCAGGAUCCUGAGGGCCUCGGGCAGUCAACCCCAGAAAAGGAGGAGCGCUCCCAGGAGGUGGACACUGUGCAGACCAGGACCACAGAAGAGGGGAAAGGCACGGUGUUUGCCCACCCCUCACCCACCUGGCCCUCAGGAUCCUUUAGCGCCCCCGGUGACGAACCCCUAGAGGUGACUGAAGACAGUGAGGACAGGUCUGGCAAGGAGCGCUGUGUACCUGAGAAGCAGGAAGAUGCCCUGAUGCCCCCUAAGCUUCGGUUGAAGAAGCGAUGGAACGACGGCCCUGGAGCCCGGGAGCUGAGGAAGACGGGCAGGGCCCUCUGGAAUGCGGCAGGACCCCAGGGCCUGGCCACAGGGGCUGCUGCCACCGCUGCUGCUGAUGCUUAA